UGGGGCAAGGGAAAACUACUUUUUCAUCAUGUUGUCUAAAAGUGAUAUUUUAUAAUAGUUUAACUGUUUGUGAGGAGACGAUUCUAUUAUUGUAUAGUAUGAUGUUUUUGGUUGUAUAUUUGUUAUCGUGUUGAAUCGUUUUUUUAUCGUUUUUUAUUUAUUUAUUCGGUCUAAAUAUCGAAAUAGUAAUACUGAAUCUUUUAUAAUAUUUUCAAUAUUCUCUAGGGGUUUUUGAUUCUGAUCGCUCUAGCCUAACUGGCCUUUCUUUCUUUCACAUAACCCUAAAGCACCUUCGCGUAGUGUAUACCUAUCAUUUAAUAGACUUGAUUGUAGUAAAAUUUUUGCAUAUAACAAUUGAAUGUAAAUAUCUUUAAUUCAUGUGAAGUAAAUCGAGUUAUCAAACACACAAUUGAGGUACUUUCUUUACCUGCCUUCCGAAACUUUUUUACCUAUCACUUUUAUACUGGGGACAAGUAAAUUCUAUAAUUUGCCACCGGAAAAAAUUUCUGUCAGUAUAUUAUCUAAAAACGCCUACUGAAAAAUUAUUGGAUUACUCGGUGGAAAAAAACCAUGGCGUUCGCAGGUCUUAAGAAACAAAUUAAUAAAGCAAAUCAGUACAUGACGGAAAAAAUGGGAGGUGCUGAAGGAACUAAACUUGAUGUAGACUUUGUGGAUAUGGAAAGAAAAACUGACGUCACAUGCGAACUCGUUGAAGAGCUGCAAACAAAAACUAAAGAGUUUUUACAACCAAAUCCAACUGCCAGAGCGAAAAUGGCUGCUGUGAAAGGAAUAAGUAAACUCAGUGGACAAGCAAAAGCUUCAACUUAUCCACAACCAGAAGGCGUUCUUGGCGACUGCAUGCUUACUUAUGGUAAACGAAUGGGAGAUGACAGUGUUUUCGCUCAAGCUUUAAUUGAAAUGGGUGAAGCAAUGAAACAAAUGGCUGAUGUUAAAUACUCACUUGAUGACAAUAUAAAACAGAACUUUUUAGAACCCUUACACCAUUUACAAACCAAGGAUUUAAAAGAAGUUAUGCAUCAUCGCAAAAAGCUUCAAGGUCGGCGGUUGGAUUUUGAUUGCAAACGGAGACGACAAGCUAAAGGUAUUCAUAUUUCAGAUGAAGAAGUUCGACAAGCGGAAGAAAAAUUUGCUGAAAGUUUACACUUAGCUCAAAUGGGAAUGUUCAACCUCCUUGAAAAUGAUAUCGAACAAGUAGCGCAAUUGGCUACUUUCAGUGAAGCACUUCUUGAAUAUCAUCAGCAAUGCACAGAAAUUCUACGAGGGUUGACUGAAACACUUCUAGAAAAAAAAAAUGAAGCUGCUAACCGACCGAAAAUGGAAUUCGUCCCUAAAACAUUGGCUGAUUUGAAUGUUGAUGGAUUACCGGCAAUAGAUGGAAUGAAUGGAGCAAGUCGAAGUGGAUCUCCAGUCUACGGAGACGGAAAGCGUUCUCAACUAGAACUUUUUUCGACUGGAAAUCUUCCGCAAUCUACUAAUGCAUCACCUUUGCCAUCACCAAGUAAAUCUCCUGCGCGGACUCCAGUGCCAAAACAACCGUGUUGCACAGCUCUAUACGACUUUGAACCAGAAAAUCCCGGAGAACUCGGAUUUAAGGAAAAUGACACGAUAACAUUGAUUCAAAGAGUUGAUGAAAACUGGUUUGAAGGAAAAAUAAAUGGACGUACGGGCUAUUUUCCUGUUAGUUAUGUGCAAGUCGUUCAACCAUUGCCGUAAAUUCUGUUAUCACAUUGUACGAAAAUGAUAUUUAAUAACGUUAAAUAUCAUUCUAAUAAUAUUAAGUAUUAUAAUAUACUCAGAUCGAAUUAUACAAUUCAAUAAAUGAGAGAUACUGUAUAAGGAUGAAUCCAAACUUAACAAUUCCAUUGGUUGUCUUCAAAAUAUGAAGUGAAAAAAAUAUGUUUCAAUAUAAUUAAUUACAAUUUCUUAUAUUUUUAACGUAUGAAAUUUUUUGUUUCUGUUAAUACGUUAGUAAUAAAAAUUAUAGGCGGAGUGCAUGACAAUGUUUCAUAUUGUAUUUUUUAUUAAUUUAUUUAAACUCUGAUGAUAUAAAUUAUAUCCUUAUAAGAUAUUGUCCUGUCAUUUAAUGAUAAAGAGUUUUGAAAAAAUUAUUUAUCUUUCUAUAAUAUGAUGAUUUUCUGAAGAUCAGGUGAGGGCCGGAAAUAAUAAAUAUGUAACGAAGACAAUUACCAAGCCUGUCGAAUGAUUCGAAAGUGAGAAUAUAUGCGAAAGUUGUAUAUAUUCUUCUGGAUGCGUCUUUAUUGUCAUUAAAAUUAUUAUUUGAUUUUGGCUAAUAAUAAAAGUUAUACAUUGUGUAACACUUGAAUCUACUAUAAAAAAUCGGUAUUACAUAUUAUAAGACAAAUAUAUACGUUGCACUCGAAAAAUCAAUGACAUGUAUACUUUUGAGAGCUGACAAAAAUUGAAAGUAACAGAGUUGAUAUCAAUACUUGAAUAGAUAAAAGUUUUAUGAAUGGUUUCUCAGCGCUAAUUUUAUUCAAUCACUAUGAAUGUUAAUAAUUAAUGAUAAUCUUUUCUGAACAGUAUGAAUAUCUAUUUACGAAUGCGUCCAAAACAUGUGUUAAAAUUCUCUUACAAAAAAACUUAAAAGUUUAACCGCUACACCAUAACUUUGACGUCUUGUAAAACUUCAUACAAUUAAAUGUUGUUAUUUUCCAAAUAAAUUGACAAUAAAGUAUUCUUAGAAGACGUUAACGAGAUAAAAUAAAUAUAUUGUUCUAUUCUAUCAUCAUUGUCUACAGUUGAAAGAUAUGAAUUAAUACUUGUUUUAUGGUCAGAUUAUAUUUUAAAGUUAAAUUGUUAAUACUAUUUUACACUCAGAAAUAAACAUAAUUUCUAUCACUAACAAAAGUGAAAUUUUGAGUAGAUUUAAUAAGAACAAUUAGAGAGCUCAUUAGAUUUUUUUUCGCAGUUAAUUUAGCGUAGAGAAUUGAAGAUUUUAUUGAACUCUAGUGAAAUAUUAUUACCUAACAAAUAACAAAUCGAAGGUUCUUAUAAAUUUCUCAUGGAAGCUUAAAACUGUAUCGUAAAAGUGAUCAUGAACAGAAUUUUUUAUGCUCUGAUAAGCUUUUGCGCCAUGGGAUUAAUAACUUAAGUGAUAAAAUUUGAUAAGGUCAAGUCUAAUAAGAUAUUUCCAUACUGAUAAUUUACAAAUUAUCUCAUUCUAAUCAUUUUUUUUGUACAAUUAAACAAAGAAAUUUAUUGUUUCGAUAACCAGUGAUACUUUCGACUCGAAAGUAAUAAUAGAAAUGGUAUUUUUUGGUAUUAUUUCAAUGCAUGAGAGCAGCUAUGUAAUAAAAAGUUAUUAUCAAAGGCAAGAUAUGCAUGCAAAUUAUAUACGUAUAUGAUUUAUUGCAUUCGCUUAUGACAUACAUUUACUCACGAUUUCUGAAAAAUUAGAUUUUACUCAAUAUUCAAUUCUAGAAUCAAUAAUUAUUGACAUUUUACAUCUAACCAAUGAUAGUAUAUAUAAUAUUUUCAAUGACAUAUUUUCGUCUAAGAUGUUUAUCUCGAAAUCAUCUAAAUGCUUUCAGAUCUUUUGAACAGUUUGAUGUUAUUGUACGCCCGGCGCAACAUGAUUGAAUUUAUGUGAAUUCUAUAAAAUAAGAGGAAGAGCAAUUCUGUGCGAUUUGAUAAGUUUUUUGAGAUUCUGUUUCUUAAAAAAUGAUAACUAUGUCGUUUCAUAUUUUAUUAUGAUAAAAUAUAAAAGAAAAGGAAUUGUGUAACGUGAUAAGAGUGAUUGAAGUUGUUAUGCAUUUAAAAAAUUCUGAAAAUAAUUUUAGAAAAUAGCUUGUUCAUACUCGAUAAAAUAUAAUGAAAAUAUUUUUCUCUGAUUUCUUUCUAUAAAAUAUUUGAUCUAAUGAAUUCAUAGAUUUAUGUAUUCAUAAUAGUGUACAUAAUAUGGAUCGUUUUAUUUCCCCUCUUCUUGCAAGUUUACUAUUUAGGAUUUGAGUGACCAACUUUUCAUUUAUUUGUCAUUUCAUAAGAUUAAUUAAGACUCACUAAUUAAUUUUUCGACUGUGACAAUUCUUUUGUAGAUUUUUUGGUCUAUUCUUAAUUAUAAAGAAAAGACCCUACAUAAGGAAUAAGAAUAGAACCAUUUAUAUAGUGUUCGCAGUUUAAUAAAAGUUCAUUGACUGUGGAGAUCUGUCAGCUCUAGGCAUCACAACAUUUAAAAAUGUUCCACUAUGAUGAAACCGAGGCUGGAAGUAAAUGUUUAAUUUAAGUCUUAGUUAUUUACUUGAAAUGGAUUGAUGGUAAAUGGAAAAUUGAUUAUAGAGCAAUACUGAAUAGAUGUAAUAGCUAUCAAGUAUUAUAAUGAAUAAAUCUCAUUUUAUCAUGAA